CGUGCUUGAAUCAACAUGGCGUCGCCUGCUCAAUAGAAGUGGAGCAGAAAGUAAAUACAGAGGAAUCAGCACAGUGAUGGCAGAUAUCAGCAGCAGCCCAGCGGCCAUCACUCCAGCCUCGCUCUCCCUGGAGCAGAAGCCUGAUGACCUCUCCAAAAAUGAUGUUGCCAAGCCUGAUGUUCAGGCUGAAGGAGAAAGCCAGGGGGCUCCUGACCCCGGCGUGUACCGCUACAUCAAAGAGGACCUGUUCACGUCGGAGAUCUACAAAGUGGAGAUCAGGAAUCUGCCCAGGUUCAUAGGCUUCAAUGACCUGAAGAAGUUCUUGGCCAAGCAUGGCCUCAACCCGCACAAAAUCAAGCUGUUUGGCAGGCAGACGUUUGCUUUCGUCACCUUCAAGAACGAGGAGGAGCGCGACAAGGCCAUGAAGAUGGUGCAUGGCAUGCAGUGGAAGGGCCAGGUGCUUAGUGUCAAGCUGGCCAAACCCAAGGCAGACCCCAUCUUGAGAAAGAGGAAGGAGAAUGAGGGGGAGAGCGCGCCCCCAUGCAAACGAACAGAUGAUGGGGACGAGGAUGAGGAGCCGCUCAGUGUCCAGAUCGCCAACGUCGUGACACCUCUGUGGAACAUCUCUUAUGACGAGCAGCUGAAGAGGAAGGAACAGGAGGUGGUGGUGGUUCUGCAGAAGCUGGCCAAAGAGAUCGGCAGCACCAACAAAGCCAUGGUGCCGUGGCUGUUUGCACAGAAAGGGAAAUACAACAACAUGUGUUGUCCUCUGGAAGCCCUCCGACCGUCUCCUACACAGACAGAGUACAGAAACAAGUGCGAGUUCCUCAUAUCGGUGGGUGCAGAUGGCGAGGAUAAAACCAUCGGUUUCCGCCUGGGGAAAUACAAGGGAGGGUCCUGUGCUGUGGUGGGGCCGGCUGACACGUGCCACGUGCCGUCAGAGGCCAAGAAGAUGGUCAGCGAGUUUCAAAAGUUCAUCAGAACAACUCCAUACUCUGUGUACAGCCCAGAGACAUAUGAAGGACACUGGAAGCAGCUGACUGUACGUACUACGAGGACCAAACAUGCCAUGGCCAUGGUGUUCUUCAACCCACAGAAACUUGAAGAAGAGGAACUUGGUGCUUUAAAGAACUCCAUGAAGGAGUACUUCACAGAAGGAGAGGGGAAAGACAGCGGCGUGACCUCUCUGUACUUUGUUAGAGAGGGCCAAAGGAAAUCUCCAAACCCAGAGGAUCUCCCCUGUGAGCUGGUGGUUGGAGAGACCUGCAUUCAAGAAGAAAUGCUUGGUUUGAAAUUCAGGAUUUCUCCGCAUUCAUUCUUCCAGGUGAAUACAGGAGCUGCAGAGGUGCUGUACUCUGCUGUGGGGGAAUUGGCCCAGCUGGAUCAGGACAGCAUAGUACUGGAUGUGUGCUGCGGGACAGGAACCAUUGGCAUCUCUUUGGCUAAGAGGGUGAAAAAGGUGAUAGGGAUUGAGAUGUGCCAGGAAGCAGUGGAGGACGCCAAAGUUAAUGCAAAGCUGAAUGGUCUCAGUAAUGUUGAGUUUCACUGUGGAAAAGCUGAGGAUGUGUUCCCCAACAUCCUCAAUGCUGUCGUUUCAUCCAGUGCGACUGCUAUCGUAGAUCCACCACGAGCAGGCCUACACUCAAAGGUGAUACUCGCAAUCAGGAGAGCAGAGCAUUUAAAGAGGCUGGUUUAUGUAUCAUGUAAUGCCAAGGCAGCAAUGACCAACUUCAUUGAUCUGUGCAGAGCUCCAUCAAACAGAGUUCAUGGAGCCCCAUUCCGUCCAGUGCGAUCCAUAGCUGUGGAUCUGUUCCCUCAAACCAUGCAUGUUGAGAUGAUUCUGCUGCUGGAGAGAGUGGACUACAGUGAAGACUCAGUUUUAUAGGCAAAUUGGGCUUCCUCCUCUAUAAAUGUAUCCACACAGUACUCUGAAGAAUUAACAUUGUCAUUUACAUAUUUGUAAAGCCAAAAAGUAACACAAGUUAAAUCCCAGUUUUCACAGUGAGCGAUAACUGUAGUGUCUUUUUGCAUGAACCUUUGUUAGCUUUGACCUAAAGUUUAAUUUUCAAACUAAUACUGUGUUUUCUGUUAUUCCAAACAGUAAAAGCUUAACCAAUAAAUUACCACCUCAGCUCACUUCCCCCUUUUUAGUUUUGAUCCUUCAAUCACUGAAUAAACAAAAGCUCUUGUA